AUGGCUGACUUCUUCAAGUACCACGCCCAUUGUCUAGGACUCAGGCUGGGGGUUGGGGUGGGAUUCACCCUCAAGCCUGCCUUGUUACAGCACAACAGUGGCUUCUAUGGGCACUACAGAGGCCAAUUCAAGAGUGAAAGUGCUCCAGAAUAUCGCCUUGCAGCCAAGCCCCAGCCCCCAGCAGUGUUCCUGCAGCGCUGUCAGGAGCCAGCGCGGCAACAUUUCUUCUCCAAGCAUGACAACCGCACUUCCUUUGACAAAGGCCCCUAUUGCCUGCUACAGGGAAUUGGAAGGCGGAAAGACCUGGAGCGCCUAUGGCAGCAGCACACCUUCCUGCGCUGGGCACCCUGUGAACUGGAGUUGCGCCAGCCGCGGCCCCUUGAAUCCUCCUACCAGGCUGAUUUCCGGUCAGCGCCAGGACUCAGUGACCUCCCCCAGCGCCUUGUCCACUUUGUGCAGAUCCAGCCUCCCCGUGCCAGCACCACCUACCAGCAGAACUUCUGCCAGCCAUCCUGUGGUGGCCAUUGUGGCAGUGACAACAUGGGGCCCCAGGCCCCAGUCACCAAAACACUGCCUGACCUCCGAGGGAUCCCAAGACCCAAGCUGCUGCAGCAUUACCUUCAUGCUGGGGUCUCUGAGUGUCUAAACUGGUCCAGAACAUUAAACAAGGACAGCUAA